AUGCGUCCAGUGACAGGAACUCUAAAGGGAUAUGACCAGCUACUCAACUUAGUGCUAGAUGAAGCAGUUGAGUAUGAAAGAGAGCAAGAUGAUCCAUUGAAGCUAUCAGGGAAAACCAGACAGCUUGGCCUCAUUGUGUGCAGAGGCACGGCUGUCAUGCUGGUCUCACCGACCGAUGGAACUGAUGAGAUCGCCAAUCCUUUCCUUGCGGACGGAGCAUAA